GUGCACAUGAGUUAGAUAAUGGUUUUUUCACCGUAGAUUUAGAUUUGUCACAUUGACAAAGAUAAUUAAAAUUGAAAGGAAUAAAAAUUAUCUUAUUUGAGUUAAUAUACGUCCACAAAAUACUACCUUUUUUAAAGAGGAUUCAUUAAGAAAACAAAUGGGCUAAGGCCAAACGGAAAAGUACAAGCUACAUGACACCAAAUUGAAACAAGAACAAUUUUCCGGAGAGGAAAAACUGGUGUUUGAUUUCAAUAAAUGCACAUUGACUUCUUGAACAACGAUUAAUAAUACGGUUUACACCUCUCCGAACAAUGUUCGAACGAGGGUGUUUGAUGAUUUUGAUGGCUAAGAAAACUAAGUUAAGUUACUCUACUCCUAUGGAGGUUCAGUGAGAGCUCCACAAACUAAAGGCUAUAACUAUGGCUACAUUGCAGAGAAAAAGAUAAAGUUUGACAUGUGUUGUCAAAUGGUUGAUUGUGGAACCCUUUUCCCGUCUUAGUUUCUCCUAUUUAUAGCCACCGGGUGUAACUGCCUUGGUAACCGCCGUAAUAACUGCUAGCUGGCCUCUUGCCCCAAUCCGCCUCGGGGUCCCUUGUCUUGCCUUGUUGACUAGUUAGUAACCAUCGCCUUGGGGGCCCUUGUCCCUCCUUGGGGAUGGUGGGUCUCCACACUUAAGUCUUAGAGUGACUACCAUGGCACCAACUUGUCAUCUUGGUAUCAAGCCAAUCUUGUCGGCUUGAUACCCUUGCUACCAAACCAGUCCUGCUGGCUUCGUCUCCAUACUUAGCUUCUGCAAUCUUAUCAAGUUGGUACCUUGCACCCAUCUUGGGACUUAGUCUCCAUAUGGCCACAUAAGGUGCUCUAUGAGUCCUCAUCAUAUUGACACCCUCAGCUCGACAUCCUGGCUGAUUCAUCCAUGGUUGUUUAUACCUAGUUGGGUGGCCACCUCAGCUAGCCACCUUGCCUUAGUCAAAUUUCUUGUCUUGUUGGUUUGAUGCCCUAAUGUCGGGCUAUCAAACCCGUCUUGUCUGCGUGAUAUCCAACUUUCUUGUCUUGUUGGUUUGAUGCCCUAAUGUCGGGCUAUCAAACCCGUCUUGUCUGCGUGAUAUCCAAACUUAGUUUCUUUAUGACUCUCUUAGUUGGUACCUGACUUGUCGGCUUCAUACCCCCUUGGGGUCAUGGUGCUCUGUCGCCUUGCUUGAUUUCCAAGCCUGUCUUGCCGGCUUGAUACCCCUUUGGCUCCAUACUUAGCGAUUUCCAAGCCUGUCUUGCCGGCUUGAUACCCCUUUGGCUCCAUACUUAGCCAAAUUUCAUGUCUUGGUACCAAGCCCGCCUUGUCGCCAAUUUACCCUCUUUGGCUCAAUACUUAACCAAAUUCUAUGCAUUGUCUUGGUACCAAGCUCGCCUUGUCGGCGACCUCCUAUUUUGUAUCCGGCUUGGUACCAAGCUCGCCUUGUCGGCGGCCUCCUAUUUUGUAUCCGGCUUGGUACCCGAUCGUUUGGCACCCCCAUUGUAUUGCCUUGUUUUCCAUACUUAUCCGGCUUGGUACCCGAUCGUUUGGCACCCCCAUUGUAUUGCCUUGUUUUCCAUACUUAGCCAAAUUUCUUACUUGGGUACCAGGCACCCCCCAUUGUAUUGCCUUGUUUUCCAUACUUAGCCAAAUUUCUUACUUGGGUACCAGGCCUGCCUCCAUUGUAUUGCCUUGUUUUCCAUACUUAGCCAAAUUUCUUACUUGGGUACCAGGCCUGCCUCCCCGUUGUGUCGCCUUGUUUCCAGACUUAGUUUUUGGGAGCUAAAUUUCAUACCAAGGGGUGGAGGCAUCAUCCGGCUAUGGAGGCCCCGGAGACGGGCCGGCCAUCGUAUAGAGAAGAAGGGGUUUGGCCACUUAGGCCCAAAAACCCAACCCAACAAGGUCUAACUAGCUCUUUUAAUUAUUAAUGAUGAGUUGGCCUUAUAAACUCAUUAACUCUCUAGUAAUUAAUCAAUGUGGUAAAAGCUGAUUUUUUUUUAUGGGUAAACAAAUGUCCCACAACUUAGUGUAUAAGGAUUAUGCACUAAGUUGUUGAGCGCUAUUUGACCACCUAAAAUAUUAACUUGCUUCAGUCACUCCCUAAGCCAAUCAUAAACCCACGACCCUAAACCACAUAAACAUGGCCUGGCCUUAAUGAAUGAGGAAACCCACGUUACUCUCUAAUCCAAAAUUGGCUUGGCUUUAACCAGAAGGCCAUCAAUUAAAAAUCUCCUCUCUGAGCCAAAAUUGGCUAUAGCUACUGGUCCAUUGAGUCUGGCGGGACGAGAUCAAAACUCGGACUAGAGAACAAGAUCACUACGGCUUGCAAGUUUUUCUUGCUCACUCGUCUUAAUGGUCGUGCCUGGCCAAUUAUUAUUAUUAAUUUUUUUUUUUAAGAAUGGGGACGACUGGGUGGAGACAAUUUCCAUCUCCGAUUCGUCCAAUGGAGUUUUUUUUUUUUUUUCAAAGGAUAAUCAAUUCAUAGGAAAUAUAGUUACAUCCUGGAAUUCAGCCAGGUCUGAAAAUAAAAAACACGACACGCAGUUGACAAUAAUGAAAGGGCCUUUCUAGCCACCACAUGGGCUGCCCUACUGUGACGCCGACCUACAAAUCGCACACUAAACCCCGAAUGAAAGGCAAAAUAUGAAACUACUUCUUCAAACACAGCCCCCAUCCGAGUAUCACCCGUCUCUGCCCGAUUGAUUUUAUCAAUGACAACUGUUGGGCAUGUGACUCGGAUCCCGCCGCGCCAAAGAAAUACCGGCACCAAGGGACGGACGCACCAACAUCGGCGCGAGCAAGCGCACCGCAGAGCGUCAAAUACCAAGCGGCGGGCGCGCCAGCACCGGCGCGAGCGAAUACCUAGGCGAGCGCGAAUACCUGGAGAUGGGCGCAUCAGCGCCAGCGCGUCCGAGAGCAGCCCGAGUCCAACUUUGACUAAAGUAGCGAGAAUGGGAAACGACACCGUGUCCCACCUAUCGGGUAGUCACAUCAUAGUCCUAGGUAUAAUGAAAGGCUAAGUGUACUUGUCCUAGGUAGGGAUAUGGCCUAGUCUUCUGACAGGUCAGUAGUCAUGUCACUAUGACAGGUCACCAUGUAACUCACCCACCACCAUGUAGCCUAUAAAUAAGGCAUUUACUCCGGUGGGUGAGGGGAUCGAUUUUUCUGACUCUAUCUCUAAGAUUAUCAACUUCUCUCUCUAAGAUAUUUCCCUCUCAACUCCACACCCUUCUUUCUCUUCUCUGUUCUUGGGUCCACGUCAGAUUCCCAUUGCUUAUUCUCCUCAACCCAUUUCCCCGGACCUCACUCCUACACUCAGUUAGGUUCAAACAAUUGGCGCCCACCGUGGGCCUGAGUAGAAAAAGUAACAGAAAUCCAACCAAUGACAGAGCCCAACUCCAACUUUCCCGACGAGGUGACGCCCAUCAAGGCUAUGACAACCCCGAGAGCGUUCGCCGAAGGGAGUAACCUCAACGCAGUGCUCGUUGAGGAGGAGGAGCCUGAGCUGACAGCCAAGGAAAUGAGGCAGUUGGUAACGAAGCAAAACAGCGUCAUAGCUUACAUGCAAAAACAGAUGAGCCAAGUCCUCGCGCUCAUGAUGAGCAAGGAAGCCGCGACAGCACCAGGUGCUGCGCCUUUCGCACCACAACCAGGAGAGGCGUCAGGCGCAGCAGCGCCACCACAACAAGCAGAGGGCGCAUUGUCCACAUCUGAAGCGCGACAAAUCGAACUGCCAGGGAGGGCGGACCUCAGUUUCUUGGAGCAGCAUCUGACUCCGCAAUUCCGCCCUAACCCACCCAGAAGAAUCCUACAUCAACCGCUGAGCACGGAAAUAAUGGCGGAGAACUUAAGCGGAGCGCCACCCACCCUCCCAACUUACAAUGGAACGACUGAUCCAGAAGAUCACGUCAGCACCUUCUGCCUGAGGAUGCAACUCCAGACUAACUCCAACGCGGCGCAAUGCAGAACCUUCCCAUCAACAUUCUCUGGAAUAUGCCUCGAUUGGUACAACCGCCUCCCAAACGGAAUCAUCCGCUCAUUUGAGGAGUUCAUACUCCUGUUCACCACAAAGUUCGCAUCCCAGAAAAGAAGGCCGCUUCAUCUCAAAGCGCUAAUAGAUAUCAGGCAAAAGGACGGACAAAGCUUGCGAGCAUUCUACGCCAGAUGGUCCAGGGUGGCAAUGGCCGUGAGAGACCUCACCCCAGAAACUGCCGCCCAUCACCUCAUGGACGCCACCACUAACGUGGAGCUCAAACGAGCGCUAGCAAAAAGACCUGUCACGCUGACGACAGAGCUGGAGGUCAAGAUUGAGAAAGCCAUCACGCUAGAAGAGACACUUGGCGCGGGCUCCGACAGGCGCUUCGAACCCGCAAAGGCGUCCAAAGAGGAACAAGCGCGGAAACAACUACCAGUGCCGCGGAAACAACUACCAGUGCCGCUGGACUCAAGUGGCUCGGUACGGAGGUUAUCGGCACAAUGACCGGAUCAGCGGCGAGGCGUACCCAUUCAUCCAGCUGUUGGUUAUACUGCCUAAUCAAAGUUGGGAUCCCAA